CGUCUCAUGUUGAAUUUCGUUGUUUUUAUUCCUACAGGAAGUGCAGAAGCACUCUGUCCACACGCUUGUGUUUCGUUCUUUGAAAAGGACACAUGAAAUGUUUGUAUCAGAUCAUGCAAAACCAGUAGCGCUGGACGAACAGAGCUACAAGACGAAGAUGACCGUGAUGAUGAGAGCAGAAUACAAAGUAGUGUUACACAUGCCUGUGCUGAAAGAGGGCAGAGACAGAGGGCCACUCCACGCCUCUCACCCAUAUGGCCAGCCGGGAUACCCACUGCCUGACGCUGGUCCAGAUUACUUGGUGACAGGAACUCAUCCAUAUCCAUCAUCUCCAGGAGUGGCCUUCACUGCAGAUACACAGAUACAGAAGAUGCCCAGUGAAGCAGGUGUUCACUCCAUGGCUCUGGCCCUUCCUUCCUCUCAAGCAAGGCAGGAAGCCAGUCGAACUGCAGCAAGUGAGGCAGAUAUCCACAGACAUGCAGGAGGUGCAGAGAGAUCUCAACCCCCACAACACGCGCUGUCUCUCAUGGAAGGAGGCACAACGACUUCUACACUGGUGCCAAGAAAGGCUCCUACCAUGCCCAGACCUCAGUGGCAUCCACCAUGGAAACUGUACAGAGUCAUUAGUGGCCAUCUGGGCUGGGUCAGAUCUAUAGCAGUGGAGCCUGGAAACCAGUGGUUUGUGACUGGAUCGGCAGACAGAACUAUAAAGAUCUGGGAUCUUGCCAGCGGUAAGCUGAAGUUGUCUCUGACAGGUCACAUCAGCACGGUGAGAGGGGUGGCUGUCAGCACACGCAGCCCUUACCUCUUCUCCUGCGGGGAGGACAAGCAGGUUAAAUGCUGGGAUCUAGAGUACAACAAGGUUAUUAGGCACUAUCACGGUCAUCUGAGUGCAGUGUAUGACCUUGACCUCCAUCCUACCAUUGACGUUCUGGUGACCUAUAGUCGAGAUGCCACAGCGAGAGUUUGGGACAUCAGGACCAAGGCAAAUGUCCACACCCUUUCUGGACACACCAACACAGUGGCUACAGUCAAAUGUCAAAGUGCCGAGCCACAGGUGAUUACAGGAAGUCAUGACACCACCAUAAGACUCUGGGAUCUGGUUGCUGGCAAAACAAGAGCCACACUGACAAACCACAAGAAGUCUGUCAGAGCAUUGGUGCUCCAUCCCAGACAGUAGGUUGCUUAUGUAACAUUACUUUAAGUGAAC